UAGUGUAUUGGCCCAUAAACAGUGACCACUGUUGUGACUUGGAGCGCAAAUAACUUGGACCAGGGCUAGGGAGGACCCUUGAAAGAAUAGGUGGUUCCUGCCUAGAACUCACUUCCUUUCUUCCCGCUGGCCAACUUCUACUCAUCCUUCAAAACCCAGCUGGAAUACAAUCUCCUAGGUUUUUUUCUGAUUAGUCAGAUUUUAUUCAGCACCCUCUGUGGGUCAGGCUCUGGGCUAGACUGAUUUCAAGAAGGGCAGAGACAGAAGCCACAGAAGCCACUUCCCGGGGCUCAGGCUGGCAUGGGCAGAGGAAGCAGGCACUCUGGAGAAAAUGACACUGGCUGAAACAAGCACUCGCCAGGCCAAGAAGGGCAGAGGGGAGCCAGCUGGAAAGGCUCAGAGCUUCCUCUCUCAUGCUCCCCCCCAAACCUACCUCUUUUUUGGGAACUCGGCUGAUGAUGGGAGUGGGGUCUUAAUUAUUUGGAAGCUCCGGAUGUGCUUUUUACUUCAUUGAAGACUCGCCUCAUCACUGCGAGGCUGCCCUGUUUGACCCCAGCUCAGAGGCUCUGAGUCGUCAGUAACUUUUGCCAUUAGGAGCCAAAGGCAGUCCUGGGCUUCCCACCUCUCACGUGCUCUCCCAAGGGCCUGCUGCUCUCUGGCGCCCUCAGUUGGCCGUCGAGGAAAGGGGGCCGCGCGGACCCACUCCUGCCUGGGCCGAAGUCCGACCUGACAGAUCCCGUCUAGCUGGCGGGGCCAGGGGUGACCCCCGGUCCUGGGGCCCCUCUCUGAGCCGCGAUCCCGCGGCUCCGGGCUCUGUCAUCCCAUGCGGGGUCCAGUCCGAGCCUCGAACCCUUGCCUCGCGGGGUCCUUUCCAGGUUCGUGCUUCUUCUGGGCGCGGGGUGGAGUGGCGGUGGCCCUGACCGGAGUCCUGGGGCGGAGCGCCGGCGGGGCCCGCCUGGGGAAGCGAGCGGGACGGGAGCACCGCGCCCGAGCAAAGGGGUGUCCAGCGCAGAAGGGGUGUCGCCUGCAGGUCACGCAGAGGACAUCAAGAGGGGCAUUCCUGGGGUGGGAGUGAGGGGAGGUGGGAGAGGGGGAGGCAGGGGGAGGCGGGGCAUUGGGUAGGAAGCCGUGCGGGUCCUGCGGUCUGACCUUCCAGGGCUGCGGUGGAGAGGUGGGGAGGGCGGGCACCGCGCCCGCCGCUGCAGCCCCCAGCCCUGGUCCUGGGCCCUAGCCGCUCCCCGCUGCACGACCACUGCACGUCCCGGGGCGGGAGGCGGGGGUUCGCGAGCGACAGGUGGGAGGGCGCCGGCGCCGGGGCAGAGGGGCUGCGGGAACCGGCGCGGGCUCUGCUGCCCGGGCCUCGCACCGCGCGCGCCCCGCCGCGCUCCUGCGCUGUCCGGGAAGAUGUCAGGAGCUAUCUUCGCGCCCCUGGAGGGCUCGGGCGCCCUGGACGCGGCGAGCGGCCACCCGCUCGUGUGCCCGCUGUGCCACGUGCAGUACGAGCGCCCGUGCCUGCUGGACUGCUUCCACGACUUCUGUGCCGGCUGCCUGCGCGGCCGCGCCGCCGACGGCCGCCUCGCCUGCCCGCUGUGCCAACACCAGACGGUGGUGAAGGGCCCCAGCGGGCUCCCUCCAGUGGAUCGGCUGUUGCAGUUCCUGGUGGACAGCUCAGGGGAUGGCAUGGAGGUGGUGCACUGUGCCAACUGCGACCUGGAGUGCGGCAAGCAGGCAGGGGGGCCUGGGGCUGGGGAUGCUGAGACCACGUACUUCUGCAACACGUGUGGGCAGCCGUUGUGCGCACGCUGCCGCGAUGAGACGCACCGGGCACGCAUGUUCGCGAGCCACGACAUCGUGGCCUUGGGCCAGCGCAGCCGCGACGUGCUCCAGAAGUGCACGCUGCACGCUGAGCCCUACAUCAUGUUCUCCACGGACACGAAGUCGCUGCUGUGUAUCCGCUGCUUCCGGGACAUGCAAGGGGAGAGCCGGGCCCACUGCGUGGACCUCGAGUCGGCGUAUGUGCAGGGUUGCGAGCGGCUGCAGCAGGCGGUGCUGGCGGUGAAGGCCCUGCAGACGUCCACGCGGGAGGCCAUCGCGCUGCUGCAGGCCAUGGUGGAGGACGUGCGACGCAGCGCGGCUGAUGAGGAGGCUGCCAUCCACGCCCUCUUUGGCAGCAUGCAGUAUGAAGAAAAGGACAAGGCCUUCAAGGAGCAGCUCUCCCAUUUGGCCACUCUGCUGCCCACCCUGCAGGUUCACCUGGUCAUCUGCUCAUCUUUCCUCAGCCUGGCCAGCAAGGCCGAGUUCCUGGAUCUGGGCUAUGAGCUGAUGGAGCGGCUACAGGGCAUUGUCACGCGGCCGCAGCGCCUUCGGCCCGCCCAGAGCAGCAAGAUCGUCAGCGACCACCGCGCCGAGUUCGCGCGCUGCCUGGAGCCGCUGCUGCUGCUGGGGCCUCGCCGGGCCGCGGGUGCCGGGGGCGGCGCCAGCACGCUGGCAGGGGGCCCAGGCCCCAAGGUGCUGAUGGGGCCCAGCUGCCCUUCCCCGGUGGGAAGGAUGUUGGGGUCGCCGGUCCAAAGGCCAGCGCUGCGCCGGUACGUGAGCACCAAGAUGCUGCUGGCAGAGGGUGACGACUCAGCCUUCGCGGAGCACUGCCGCCGCCAUGAGGACUCCUACCGGCGCCUGCAGGUGGAGAUGCAGAACCUGAAGGACCAGGUCCAGGAGCUGCACCGGGACCUCACCAAGCACCACUCGCUCAUCAAGGCCGAGAUCAUGGGCGACAUCCUGCACAAGUCCCUGCGGGUGGAUGCCCAGAUCACCUCGGAGUAUGCUGCCCUGGAGGGCCUGCGAGCAGUUUUCCAGGAGAUUUGGGAGGAAGCCUACCAGCGGGUGGCUCAUCAGCAGGAGAUUUAUGAAGCCCAGCUCCAGGACCUUCUCCAGCUGAAGCAGGAGAACGCCUACCUGACCACCAUCACCAAGCAGAUCACGCCCUACGUCCGCUCCAUUGCCAAGGUGAAGGAGCGGCUGGAGCCCAGGUUUCAGGCACCUGUGGACGAACCGUCAGACCAUCUACAGAACACGUAUGAUGACAGCGGGACUAGUGAGGUUCAGACCAGGAAUGAUCCAGUAAGCGUCUCAGAAAAGAAGGAGAAGACCUCAGAGCCUCGAGGAAACGGCAGGACCCUGAGCAGCCUCACAGAGGAGCCUCCACAGAAAAAUAAAGAUUCUCACAGACCCAAACCGAAACCUGGGGGUGAUGCCCCCACACGGAGAGAGCGCCCAGCUUAGCAACCGGGACUGGCCCCCGGGGUUGAGCAUUUUACAAAGGGUGGGACAUCUAAGAUAAGGCGUACCUGUCAUAAUCUUUUUUCUUUUUAAGGCCACACCCGCGGCAUAUGAAAAUUCCCCAGCAAGGAGUUGAAUUGGGGCUGCAGCUGCCAGCCUACACAUAGCCACAGCCACUCAAGAUCCGAGCUGCAUCUGUGACCUAUACUGCAGCUCGCAGCAACAUCAGAUCCUUAACCCACUGAGCAGGGCCAGGGAUGGAACCUGCAUGGACACUGUGGCGGGACCUUAACCUGCUGAGCAACAAUAGGAACUGAUUUUUUUUUUUAAAGUGUAAUCAUUUAUCAGCAGCAAACCCAGAAAGUCCCUGCCAAGCCCUAAUUUCAGAGUCUUUGGCUUGGGCUAGACUCUGGGUUGCUUAAAGUCUUGGUUAAAUGAAUGAAUGAACAUCAGCCCCAAGGCCCUCAGUGCCCCUGCGUCUCCCAUGUGCUGGCCCUGUGAGCUCCCGCCUGGGUGCAUCCAUCUGAAUGAUAGAUAACAUGUCUUGCCUGCUAGCCACCUGCCCUGCCUCAGAGGAAUCCAGCUCCUGAUUCACAGCCCAGCUGGGUGCGCCUGGAAACUUCCACCCACUAAUCUGAGCACUGACUCAACAAAAGGGAAAAACCUUUGCUCCAGCUUUUCUCCCUUUAGAGCCCAGGCUAAGCUCAUAAAGCAAAGGAGCAGCACCUGGAAGCAGGGGACAGCCGCCGUCACCUCUCCUCCAUUCCUUUUUCUGACUGCUGUCACUCUCCUGUGUUUGCCUUCCAAUACUAUUAAAGCAUGAUUCACCAGCGACUUUGCUCAGUUUUCCAUGCCUCCCCAGGACUUUUUAUCAAGUGGGACUUAAAAUGCUUAAAAAAGAAAAUUAGCUGCAUGACCUGAAAUUUAAAGUUUUGGAGGCAAAAUGAUGCCCAGAUAAUCACAGUGGUUCAAAUCUCGAAUGGCGUCUCUGCAUCAGGUAGGCCCGCAGGUCCACACACCCAUGGAUCCCUGUCUCAUCGAGAGCCGAGGCUGCUACACGCCUGCCCGGUCAGGGCACGAUGCCCCCAUCCCAGAGCAUCACAAGCUCCCAGGAGGGACCUGUCAUUACAAACUGGUUAGAAGUAGGAAUUCGGAACAGGAUCGAGUCGGCAGAGCACAUCUGGUUUUACGCGGGAGGUUCUGGACGUCUUAGUCAGAAGCAGCAAGAUCUUAGAAUUCCUGAAUCCCACACAAUGACACUAUUGUUCAUAGUGAAAUCAAGUAGUUUUAUUUAAGAAUUGGAAAUAAUCAGUAUCUGUGAAAGAAAAUCCAAUAUUGAAAUAAACAUUUCUGUGUGUAAAAAGUAAUUACGCCAUUAAGUUACUCCCCUAGCUUCGCUGUGGGACAGGUCCCUGGGAACAGGUGCCGGGGACCACUCCUGACGGCCGGCCACCCGAGCCCAGGACGAGGCGAGGCGUCCGCUUCCCUAGCAGGGCACGGAGAGCGAGCCUCCCCAACACUGGACAGGCCUGGCGUCACCGAGUCACCAAGGAAACGAGGGCGCCCAUCUAAGGCAGUAAGGAAAGUGCAGAGGGACGGUGCUUUACUGUGCCCGCUCGGGGAGACUGCCACGAGGAGCCGUGGCCGAGCCCCUGCCAAGCCCAACCUGUCAGCACAGACCCUCGGUGUAGGGACAGUCCCUGUCAGGUCAGUCGCCCAGAGCGUUACAUGAGGGGAAGGGAUUGCUAACGUUCACGUCUAAGGCUGAAGCAGCAGCUCAUGCUGACGAAGGGUGCUGGGUGUGCCGCCUCCUGCUUUCUGCCAGGCUCGCCCCAAACCUCUCUCCCAUGAACUGCCAUUCUCUGCCCCACACUGCAAAUCCUCAUCCAAUGUUUCAUUUUGCGCUGCUUCAAAGUAGCUUUGUUCUGGGCAGUGCCUACUUUGCAUUUCAGAAGCUCCAAUUUAAAACCUGCAGUGAAAAAAGAACUCUCCUGACAAUUUCUCAAUGGAAGGAGCCCGCAACACGGCCUUUACCCACAAGGGCUUUCGGGACUAGCCGGCAAGCCUGUGCCGCGCUGACCUGAUUCUCUGCCGCAUGUGCUGUCACUGCUAAAUUUAUAAAGUUAAAAAUAAUCUGACAAUCUCAGUGCUAGAGGAAAGUUGAUCACCCGCCAAAUCCUGCCCCUAAGCAGUUCACCUAGGGUCCCAAAGUCAUUGCUGACUUCCACCCUGGGUUAUAGAUCAUGGUGGGAACACGCUCGUGGAACUGCUCUCUAAAGCCCAGCAGGGUGUCACAGCAAGCCCAGGUGGUGUGACGUUGGCAUCUCGCUGCCGACACCAGGGACCGCGUGCUGAGCUCCAGGCAGGUGGGCGGAGGAGGAACAGAAGGUCAGAUGCCAAGACCUUCACUCUCACCGUCCAGAGCCAGGGGUGGCAUUAGCUGCUUUCCACCCACUAAAAAGGCAACGUCACGGCCCCCAGCGGCAAUGAAAGCUGCCCGCAAGACAGGACUCUCCCUCGAAGAGAGCCCAAACCUCAGCGGCCCCCUCCUCUGUUCUGCAGCGGGGGUGACUUUGCUAAGCGUGGUCUAGAGAACAAGUCUAGAUCUGAUUCAAGUCCCCAAACACAGGAAGUGCGCGCUGGUGUCCCACGGCGCCGUGUGCCCACCAAGGCUCCGGCUGCCGCCUGGGCCCGGCCUCUUUCAAGACCUCAGGAGGGCGGAGGCUAGAGUCUGUCCAGCCCUCACACCGGCGAGGGUCACACCUGUCACCGACGAACCCGUAAACCUCUUUGGUAUAUAUAAGAAUGAGAAAAUUAAUUAGGCCAUGAAAUCGAGAAGUCAGUCAUGUUUUGAGUUGUCAGUCAUGCUUUUUGGAACACACACUUCUGGUGUCAGGUGCAGUGAAACCCAAUGUCUGUUUCCGUGGAACUCAUGCAGUACUGGUUUCAGUGACGUCCUCUCUCUCACCUAUUAAAACAUCUGACAUGGUUCUGAGUCUUCACAACAGCCCUGUGAGGUAGGCGGUAUGGACCCCAUUCCACAGAUGGGGAGGUCUAGGCACGGAAAGGUUUAGUGGCCCCUGAGAGCCACGGGGCGCGGCGUGGCGGGGCGCAGUGGGGCAGGGCAGCGCCCCAGCCAGGGGCUGAAGCCACCUCCGAUUCCCGCUCUGCAGGUGCCAGGCAGGACCACACGGAAGGAAUUCACACGGAGACCAAGCUCCUCUCUGGUCCAGAAUUCAGCAAGGGUCUCAAGGCUUUUAUGUCUGACUCAUAAAGCCAACGACGCUCCCCAAACGUGAAAAACAAAAGUACUGACUAAACCUCAGCUGGGAUUAUUUGCUCUAUUUUUUUUCAUGAGUUGACGUGCUUGAAUUUUGUAGUUGUAUAUGCUCAAACAAACCCCUUUGGAAAAGACAGUUUGAAAUGGCAUUAGGGACGAUGGAAUUUUGAGAAGAGAGCAUAGAAAUCAAUGGUUAAUAAUAGAUUUAAA